AGGAAAGUGGGACGGGGUGACGUUACUGCCCAGCCUCCUUUCCACCCCGGCGGCUCCGGAAGGAAGCUUGUGCUUACCUCCUCCAAUCCACCUUGGCUUGGGCUGGUCUAGUCACUAUGGCAGCGCGCGGGGAGGGGCCACACAGUGUAGAAAUUCAGCUGAGGAAGGACGGGCGAAACCUGCCUCUCCAACCCUUCCUCGGAAUUCCUCCCAGUCCGGAUCUGGCCGCCCAGGGCUCCUCCCCUUUGCGGGGCCGGGAGGUCUGGGUCGAAGCUAGAGCUUCUCCGAGCCAAUCCGCCCAGUCCCUUUUGUUCCCGAUACUGUGCUCUGCCCCCUCUGCGGCAGGUCUGGCGCUCCUUCUUUCUGGUCGGAAUCCUGACCCUGGUGUGACUCCGCCAAUGGCACUGGCGCGCAGCAGGGGGGUCUGCGAACUGGACCUCGAAUGCCCUUGGAGUCACCCAGGCUCGCUGGUCUACUCCGGGGCCAAAUAGGCAGCACGCUUUUGUUCUCUAGAAGGUCUGUGGGCUGCCCUAUUAGUAACUGAAAAUUGCCUGGCUUUCCCGAAGUUAUUUGCUUGUGGUCUGCCCCGUUAUAAUUAGAAUUUCCCGAGGACACGGCCAAUUUUUGUCUUCCUUGUAUCCCGUUUUUCCAGCGCAGAAGAAAUCUGUGGCUUCUAGCAACUAGGCCUCGGGCAUGGAUUGUCUGUGCUUUAAAGCUGAAAGACUUGGGCUUAAUAACUAAGUCCCACUUCUGACACUCUUUAACCUGGCGACCUUGGGAAAAUCACUUGAGUAUCAGUGCAACUAAGCAUUAAGACUAAUUUCCUACCUGUGCACAGUAUAUUUAUUUCCUCCAAUGAAAUCACAAGUCUGGAUGAAAAUCAAAAUACAGCGCUUUGGUAGCACAGAAAAAGUACCUGUUCUUGUACCUGCUAGAAAAAGAAGCUGUUUAGAGCCAUGGGUUAUUGGCUUAAUCACCUUUAUAUCUAUGAUUGUUCUGGCAGUGUGCGUUGGACUCAUUGUUCAUUAUGUGAGAUAUAAUACCCGGAAGAACUAUAAUUAUUAUAGCACGUUGUCAUUCACCAGUGACAAAUACUACCAUGAGUUUGAUAAAGAAGCUACCACAAAUUUCACAGAAAUGAGUCAGAGGAUAGAAACAAUGGUUAAAAAUGCAUUUUCUCAAUCCAGCUUAAGGAGAGAAUUCAUAAAGUCCCAGGUUAUUAAGUUCAGUCCCCAGGAUCCCGGAGUGGUGGCCCACAUGCUGAUGAUUUUUAGAUUCCCCUCUACUCAGAGUCCUGAAUCUAUAAAGAAAACAAUUCAACGUGUGCUGCACGAGAAACUCCAACAUGCAACUGGGCCCCCCAAAGUAGACCCUUCGUCAGUUGUGCUCACAAAUAUCAACAAGACAGAAACAGACAACUAUUUGAGUAACUGCUGCGGAACACGGAUGGGUGCAAGCUUUGGCACAAGUGACAGGAUAGUUGGAGGACAAGAAGUAGUGCAAGAAGGUGAAUGGCCCUGGCAGGCCAGUUUGAGGUGGAAUGGGGUUCAUCGUUGUGGGGCAACCUUGAUCGGUGCCACGUGGCUCGUCAGCGCUGCUCACUGCUUCAGAAAUUACAAGGACCCUGCCCAAUGGACUGCUUCUUUUGGUGUGACAAUAAAUCCCCCCAAAGAGAAACAACGCCUCAAGAGAAUUAUUGUUCAUGAAAACUACAAGUACCCAUCUCAUGACUAUGACAUUGCUGUUACAGAGCUUUCUAGACCUGUAACUUACACUAAUGCUGUGCAUCGAGUGUGCCUCCCAGAUGCAUCCCAUCAAAUUAAUCCAGGUUCUGCAGCGUACGUCACAGGAUUUGGAGCACUCAGGAAUGAUGGUAAUAGUGUAAACCGUCUUCAGCAAGUAAAAGUGAAUAUCAUAGACACUAAAACAUGCAAUGAGCCACAAGCUUACAACAAUGCUAUUACCCCUGGAAUGAUAUGUGCUGGCUAUUUGGAAGGAGGAAAAGAUGCUUGCCAGGGUGACUCUGGUGGACCUAUGGUCAGUUCAAAUUCUAGAGACAUCUGGUAUCUUUAUGGCAUAGUGAGCUGGGGUGAUGAAUGUGCAGAACCAAAUAAGCCAGGUGUCUAUACUCGAGUGACUGCUUUUCGUAACUGGAUUGAAGCCAAAACUGGUAUCUAAGAGAGAAGUGAUUUGUAAAGUGAAAUGCAGAGUGGACCAUACUCACCCCAAACAAUCCAUAUGUAUUGGUUAUGCUAUCUCUAUAAAGUUUCUGUCUUUGAGAUUUUGACUUAAGGCCAUGAAUCUCAAAUGGCAGUAUGAAGAAAUUAUUUCCAUCCAUUCUCACAGAUUGUUGCAUUUUCUGCCUUUGUAAAGGCAGUGAACAAUCAAAAAAGACAAAAUAAACCAUUUUUUGCCUUAAAAACAAAUGUGUAUAUAUGUACAUAUACAUAUACAGAGAUAUGUGCUGUAGAAUUUUUUUCCUAUCUGAACGAGGUCAGAGCAAAGAGUAUCAUAAGGAAUACUAUUGUGCCAUAAUAAGCAAUGAAAGGGACAGUUUUAGAGAAACCCAGGAAGAUUUAUACGAACUG